GCCGCAGCUGCCCAUUCCUCGCGUCGCCCACCGCCGCCGCCGCUCCCUACCCGCUGCAACCCGAUCAUGGCGGACGUAGAAGUCGAUCCCGAGGUGGCCGCCGGCGCGCCGCUGAAGAAGAGGACGUUCCGCAAGUUCAGCUACCGCGGCGUGGACCUUGAUGCCCUCCUCGACAUGUCCACCGACGACCUCGUCCAGAUGUUCCCCGCUCGUGCCCGCAGAAGGUUCAAGAGGGGUCUCAAGAGGAAGCCCAUGGCGCUCGUCAAGAAGCUGCGCACGGCGAAAAAGAACGCCCCUGCUGGUGAGAAGCCUGAGCCAGUGAGGACUCAUCUCCGCAACAUGAUCAUUGUCCCUGAGAUGAUCGGCAGCCUUAUUGGUGUCUACAAUGGCAAGACUUUCAACCAGGUUGAGAUCAAGCCUGAGAUGAUUGGCCAUUACCUUGCAGAGUUCUCCAUCUCCUACAAGCCAGUGAAGCACGGUAGGCCCGGUAUUGGUGCCACCCACUCCUCGCGGUUCAUCCCUCUCAAAUGAGUUAUGCAGCUUUGUAGCUUCCCCAAUUCAGUACGAGCCAUCUGGUGGCAUGUCCUUCCAGCCGUCUCCCUUGUUUUGAACCAGUUAUAUAUCUAGCAUUUGGUUCUGUUUAGCUAAGCUCCUUGUGCGCAAUGAGCUGUAUUAUCAAUAUUUUGUCAGAAUCUUGUUUACAUUGAGUUGAAUUUGAUCUGUGCGUUAAUUGUCA